UCCGCUCUUCCACUCUCGUUCGUGGUCCCGAACUCCAUGGCCAACGUGCAUCCUCUCCAGCAAGGCCUCGUCCAUGGCGGCCGGAUCCGUGUCCUCAAACCCUCCUCUUCCUCCUCCAACGGACCCGUCGUCUACUGGAUGUUCCGCGACCAGCGAGCUAGUGACAACUGGGCCCUCCUCCACGCCGCCGACCUCGCCGCGCGCUCCUCCGCCCCUCUCGCCGUUGUUUUCAACCUCUUUCACCGUUUCCUUGAUGCCCAUGCCCGCCAGCUUGGCUUCAUGAUCCGUGGCCUCCGCCUUCUCUCUCUUCGGCUCCAAUCUCUCGGUAUUCCCUUCCUUCUCUUGCGUGGUGACGCCGUUGACACGAUUCCCGACCUUCUCUACCGCUGCGGGGCGUCGUAUCUAGUCACCGACUUCUCCCCGCUCCGGCAGGUGCGAGCCUGGAAGGACGACAUCUGCAGUCGGGUUGGCCCUGGCGUCGCGGUCCACGAAGUGGAUGCUCACAAUGUCGUGCCCUUGUGGGUUGCCUCUCAGAAAUUGGAAUACGGGGCCAGGACUAUUCGGGGAAAAAUCCACAAGCUCUUGCCUGAAUACCUCGUCGGUUUCCCCGAGCUUCCAGUUCUCGAGAACAAGUGGAAGGCUUGGGAUCCCCCGGAGAUCGAUUGGGAUGACCUCCUUGCUGAUGUUUUGAGGAGAGGAGAAGAUGUGCCGGAGAUAAGGUGGUGUGAACCAGGGGAGGCGGGGGCAAUGGAGGUUCUUAAAGGGAGUAAGGGUGGAUUUUUAACGAAGAGAUUGAAGAACUAUGAGAGUGAUCGGAAUGAUCCCUUGAAGCCCAAGGGUUUGUCGGGGCUCUCCCCUUACCUUCAUUUUGGGCAGAUUUCAGCACAGCGUUGCGCACUGGAGGCGCAGGCGCUCAGGAAAUCUCAGUCUAAAUCUGUCAAUACAUUCUUGGAGGAGUUAAUUGUGCGGAGGGAGUUAGCAGAUAACUUUUGCUAUUAUCAGCCUCACUAUGACUCAUUACAAGGUGCGUGGGAAUGGGCUCAAAAAACUUUGAUGGACCAUGCUGGUGACAAGAGAGAGCACAUUUACACGAAAGAGCAGCUGGAGAAAGCAAAAACCGCUGAUCCUCUGUGGAAUGCAGCACAAUUGGAGAUGGUUCACUAUGGAAAAAUGCAUGGAUUCAUGAGGAUGUAUUGGGCUAAAAAAAUUCUUGAAUGGACGACUGGGCCAGAAGAAGCUCUUUCAGUUGCAAUAUAUUUAAAUGACAAGUAUGAGAUAGACGGCAGAGAUCCAAACGGCUAUGUUGGUUGUAUGUGGUCUAUUUGCGGCAUACAUGACCAGGUUUAUACCAUUAUAUGGAAUCUCUCUUGUAAACAAGGCUGGAAAGAACGACCCGUAUUUGGCAAAAUUCGUUACAUGAAUUACGCGGGUUGCAAACGAAAAUUCGAUGUAGAUGGCUACAUUUCAUAUAUCAACAAGUUGGUCUUUGAAACCAAGAAGAGGAAGUCCGAGGUAAUCUCUGCUCCAAUAGCCAAUCACGUUCAAAAAGUCAUGAAAUCAAGGCCAUAAACUAGAAAAUUAAACUACCAGUUCUUAGCGUUUACUCUACAUAACUUCCAAUCGAUUUUUGGUUUACUAACGUAUACUUUGACAGCUCUUGUGAAGUUUCUGAUAUUAUCCCACACUGGCAGGCAGAAUUAUUUUGUAAUUCCGCUUUUUAAUUGAUGCUAUUGAUGUACAAUUGGAUUAUAUUCGUCGUAAGUUCAGUGUAGUGUGGAUUUUUGCAUGUAUA